AGUUACUGAGAAAUCACAAGGCAAAGCCAAAAUCCCUCUUCAGAUUCACAGUCAACUGCCCUGAACACAUCCUGCAAAAAGUCCGGACAAAGGAGAGCCAUGAAUUACUACAGAAAAUAUGCAGCUGUCAUUCUGGCCAUACUCUCUGUGUUUCUGCAUAUUCUCCAUUCUUUUCCUGAUGGAGAGUUUACAGUGCAGGGGUGCCCAGAAUGCAAGCUAAAGGAAAACAAAUACUUCUCCAAGUUGGGUGCCCCAAUUUAUCAGUGCAUGGGCUGCUGCUUCUCCAGAGCAUAUCCCACUCCAGCAAGGUCCAAGAAGACAAUGUUGGUCCCAAAGAACAUCACCUCAGAAGCCACAUGCUGUGUGGCCAAAGCCUUUACCAAGGCCACAGUAAUGGGAAAUGCCAAAGUGGAGAACCACACGGAGUGCCACUGCAGUACUUGUUAUUAUCACAAAUCUUAAAUAUUUUGCAAAGUGUGUGUUGAUGAUGGCUGAUUUUCUGGAAUGAAAAAUUAAUUUUUUCAGUGUUUAUGGCCUUGCAAGAUAAAACUCUCUUCUUCCUUACUAUAUGACUUUGGCAUGCUUCAAGGAUGU